AAGACUCGAAACAAUAGGCUCACUUUUCUCAUUCCCAACUCCUAUAAAAUGGGGGUUGUUCCUAAGGAUAUCCCAUAAUACAAUUCCGCUAUUUCAACAACAUAUUCAGAUUUCAAUUAUUCAAAAGGAGAAUGGCUCGAUCAUAUGCCCACAAUGUUGUGGGUGUUGGGAUUUUCUUGGUAAUGCUUGUGGCUAUAGUAGAGGCCACUCCUCCUGGAAUAGCCAACAAUCCAAGUCAUUCUCAUUGCUCUGAUGAUGAGAUCAAACAGUGUAAAAAUCUUCCACAUGUUUGUCCCAAGUUCUGUCCUAACGGCUGCAUAACUGAGUGUCGUUCUUGUAAGCCUAUUUGCAUUGAUGGCCCACUUCCACCUCCCUAUUCCCCUCCUCCAUCAGCAUCACCUCCACCUCCCCAUUCCCCUCCUCCAUCAACAUCACCUCCACCUCCCUAUUCCCCUCCUCCAUCAGCAUCACCUCCACCUCCCUCUUCCCCUCCUCCAUCAGCAUCACCUCCACCUCCCUAUCCCCCUCCUCCAUCAGCAUCACCUCCACCUCCCUCUUCCCCUCCUCCAUCAAUAUCACCUCCACCUCCUUCAACAUCACCUCCAUCUCCUCCAUCAACAUCUCCAAAGAAGUGCAAGUGCAAGAACAAGAAAUACCCGAGUUGUUAUAAUCAAGAACAUACGUGCCCUAGUUCUUGCCCUACUACUUGUCAAGUUGAUUGUGUCUCUUGCAAACCUGUUUGCAAUUGUGACAAGCCUGGAGCAGUUUGUCAAGAUCCACGUUUCAUUGGUGCAGAUGGAAUCACUUUCUACUUCCACGGUAAGAAGGACAAAGAUUUUUGCUUGGUCUCAGAUUCUAAUCUCCACAUCAAUGCCCACUUCAUAGGAAAACGAAAUGAGAAUAUGAGGAGAGACUUCACUUGGGUUCAAGCCAUCGGUAUUCUAUAUGGCACACACAAUAUUUCUGUUGGAGCACAGAAGACAGCAACUUGGGAUGACGCCAUCGACCGCCUCUCCCUCAACUUCGAUGGUGAAACUAUUGUUCUCCCCAACAACCAAGGCGAAAGGUGGAUGUCUGAAUCUGGACCAACAACAUACAUCACUCGAACUGGCAAGACUAAUGAAAUUGUAAUCGAAGUUGAAAAUAUUUUCAAGAUUUCAGCAAAGGUGGUGCCUAUUACAGAGAAAGAAUCUAGAGUUCAUAACUAUGGCAUAACACAAGACGAUUGUUUUGCUCAUCUUGAACUGGGAUUCAAGUUCUUGUCACUAAGUAAUGAAGUGAGUGGGGUUUUGGGUCAAACUUAUAGAAGGAACUAUGUGAGCAGAGUGAAGAUGGGUGCUUUGAUGCCUAUAAUGGGAGGUGACAAAGAGUUUUCAGCUUCAGGACUCUUUAAUGCCGAUUGCUCUGUUGCUAAGUUUCAAGCAGAAAAUGAGAAUGCAGGUUCGUUGAACAAUUUGGAGCUGCCAAGCUUAAAAUGCAACAGUGGAAUUCAUGGACGUGGAGUUGUCUGCAAGCGUUAGAGUCUCUUAACAGAUUUAACAUGAAUUGUUGCUCGAAUAAAGAUUUAAUUGGAAAAUAAGGUUAGAAACCAAAGAAAUGUAUUAAAAACUAUGUUCAACGGAUAUGUAUUAAAGCUGGGCAAAAAAUAAUUACUUACUUAUAACAUUCUUCUCAAAUCAGCUCACUGUUUUUUCUUUUAUUUGGGAAAGUUGUACUCUAAAAUUCACGGGAAAAAGCAAGAAAAAAUAAUGGGGUGAGAGAGGCUCGAACUCUCGACCUCAGGAUA